AUGACAGCUAAUCAGUGUCCACUGCAGAUCCAGCCGCUUGGUUCGUUGAGUGUAUCCGGUGGAACACCGAUUAUACCAGCAACGACGACAACGGGUCUUCUACAAAGUGCUCAGGGAAGUACUGCUGCUGCCGCCAAUCUUAACUUAAUGAAUAAUUCGAUGGCCCUGGCCCAACCUUCCGCUGCAACUCCCUAUCCGGCGCAUUCCAUAAAUCCCGGUAGUGCAUUGUUGGCCAGGGGUCUUCCAAGCCUUGAUCCGACAAUGCAGAUUGGUGAACAACAGAUGAUUCAAAGUGGAAGUGGCACAAGUGGUGGACUUUUGACGGCGAUUGGUAAUCAACCUGCCGGGAUAGUAACCGAACCAGUAAACAGUGGGUUCAGUCCGUAUACUGCCGCCAACAGCGCUCUUUUGAGUAGCUCAGGAAAUGGAAAGUUCGGAUAUCCGGCUGCUGGAAUGCUCUAUGAUGGCCUGCUAAAGAGCUAUCAGGCAGCACCCAGCGCGCUGCAAGAAGUUUGUUUCAGUUUUUCUGCGCCAGUAAUCGUAAAUGUCCAACUGCUAAAGGGGCGCGCAACUGAAAGUUUAAGAUGUGCAUUAAGUAUUUGCUGGCAAUUUUUUGACAACUUUGUUCGUUUAAAUCUUUAUAUGCUUUAG